AUGUCUCUAUCUACCGAAAUACAAGAUAAUCUUGAAGAUCCCUUUCAUUGGACAAACAUACACAACCAUGCAUCAAAUGAAGACCAAUUGGAUCACCUCGGCGACAUCAAAUGGGAAGGACUCAACGAGCGGGAAUGGGCAAAUUUUUUGUGUGAAGUUGAGAGGGAUGACGAGGACGUCAUCCUCAGUGAUACCGAUGAUGAACACAUGGAUGGAUUGGGAAUGGAUGUUGAGGAGAGUAGUGGUAGUGAAAGUGACGAAGAAGAAUACGAUGUUAAGAAUAUUUGUCUACCAAGAACAAGAUUGCUAUGGAAUAAAUUAAACAGCGCACGCUCAGAAUGA